AUGACGGCGCCGUUGCCCGACGCGCUGCCGCCGCAUGCCACCACCCUGGUCUUCCACACCAGCAGGAACACGCUUUACGCAGAGUUCAUGGCUCAUCUUCUCAGCUCCUGCGGCGGUCUCCUAGGACUCGAGAUGCUCGACAUCGUGCUUUGCGAGUCCCCUAAGGAGGUUGUUGUCAACUUCACCAGCCACGAGGCCUGCCGCUGCGCCAUAGAGAUGAUAGGGCCACACAUGGGGGACUUGGUGCUGGAGAUCAGUCUCGCUCCAAGGCAGGGCUUGAGGAGCAACUUGGCCUACUUUUUCAAGCAGCCCAUCCCUCACGAGCGCUUCGCCAAGGCCCUCCACGUCCUUUCCGAAGGCCGAGAGCUUCCUUUGCGCGUGGCGCACGCACGACACCUCGGUUUUGAACUGGCGGCUUCGGGACCGGGUCCAGGGCGUCAGCUGCAGCACAGCGACGCCCGCAGCACAGUCCUCCUCCGGGAGGAGCCCGCGAAGCUUCCUUGGCCGCACAGCUUCGCGCUUGGCGGAGAAAAGUCGCGACAAAUUUCGGGGGACGCGGAGCACGUCUUUCAUCUCUAG